CCACGCGCUUGCGGCGCGACAUCGCGUCGAACAAGGGACGGGAUAGAAAGAGCUUUAAACACAGACUGUUUAUCUUAACGAUCGUGUUGGUUACAGUUUAGCGCAGAAUUGUUCUGGCUUGUAUUCUGAUUAAAAAAAAAAAUCAUAUCUACUUUGACUUUUUAGUACAUUUAAAUAAAAUUAGAAUAGAAUUAGAGAUUUAAAUAGAAUUAAAGUUGAAUCGCAUCGUCCUGGCUGUGAAAAAAUAUACAUAACCAAAUAAAAUCUUAGAAGAUCACACAUCAGAGGAAUAUUCACGUGGAGCCGCUGCUUUGAUCUUUUUUCCGGGGGGGGGCUCGAGCUCUCGGAUGGAGCAGCACGCAGAAGCGCGAGGCUGCACCGGUCACGGAUCGCGAUCCCGGUGUACAGAGCUCCUGCACAACGAGCACUGCAUGCAUUUGUCCAUUCAAUCGACGACUGGCACACGCUUCGAGCUCUCACUCCCUGCAGAGGAGACAGUGGACGGACUGAAGAGGAGGCUUUCACAAAAGCUCCGAGUGUCCAAAGACAGGCUCGCGCUCCUGCACAAAGACACGCGGCUAAGCUCAGGUCGACUCCAGGAUUUUGGUGUUACGGACGGGACUAAGUUGACCCUCGUGCCCUCGGUGGAGGCAGGAUUGAUGUCUCAGGUCUCCAAACCAGAGCAGUCCAUCAUGCAAGCGCUGGAGAGUCUGACAGAAACUCAGGUUGGUGACUUCCUAUCAGGCCGCUCUCCGCUGACGCUUGCCCUUCGUGUUGGGGAUCACAUGAUGUUCGUGCAGCUGCAACUGGCCGCACAAAACUCAGGGGUCCAGCAGUGCAACACUAGGGGUCCUUCGAACACACCCAGGAACCCUGCGAUGCCCAGUGGGGGAAGCAGUCAGCAGCCACAUACACCACCUACUCCAGCCCCUGCCCAGAACAACCCGAGGGCAUCAGCUGGACACCACGCUCACCAUGCUCACCACGCCCACCACACCCAACAUUCAUACCUGUCACCCCCGUCCAGUCCGACACUUUCCCCAGGCUCUGUCCAUUAUCCUCACCUGCCCACGGGUGCCUGUAGUCCUGCCCCCAGAGCAGCCACACCUUUCCAACAGGGCGAGUGUGGGUCUUCAAGUGGAAGUGGAAGCACCAGCUCAUGGCCAAGUCGUAAAGCAGGUGCGGUGAUCGAGAGCUUUGUGAACCACGCUCCUGGGGUUUUCUCUGGAACCUUCUCAGGCACCCUUCACCCGAACUGUCAGGACAGCACCGGGCGCCCUCGCCGUGACAUUAGCACCAUCUUGCAGAUCCUCAAUGAUCUACUGAGUGCCACGCGCCACUACCCAGGCACACCUCCCACCUUGGCCCAGCUCCGCUGCCAUACUCAGACACCUGUGUCUCCCCCAGCAACGCCGCCUGCUUCACCGUGCCCGCCUCCCUCACCCACUGUCAUGGAGCUUCCGUUAGCACCUGUGUCACCAUUAUCAUCCUCACCUACCUCAGACAGACCGGCACUGAGCCAAGGCCGCAUCGGCAAACCGCUUGGAGAGCCAUCCAGGCAGACGGAGAAUAGGGUGAUGCGCUGUAAGGUGGAGCGUUUGCAGUUAUUGCUGCAGCAGAGGAGGCUUCGCAGGCGGGCGAGGAGAGAGCCCCGGGCCCCGUAUCACUGGCUGAGCGAGCGCAAAUCCACCCGGAGCCACAGUAACAGCAGCCUGAGCAGCGACGGCUCCAUCGACAUGGACUACGACGAGGCGCUGUGGAAGAACGACGUCCAGGCCGACAUCGGCUCCGAGUUCGUCGUGGCCUGAACGGACAAAAAAAGAAAGAAAGAAAGAAGGAAAGAAAGAGGAGAGGAUGAGAAGAAACCGAAAGAGAAAGGGUUUACACUCGUAACGACGUGUGAUGCUGGAAUCUUUAGCGACCGUUCCAUUUGAAACACACAAUUGCUUUCGGAAGAGAACUCACCUUCCACAGCAUGAAGCGAACCGAGCGAGCGUCUCUCUGUACUCUGGAUACACACCAUGUUCCAGACUCACUGGUUCAAACCGGACAUUCUGACAUUUGCUCACUUGACCAUCUGAACACGGUGGUGGUUUGAGUUGUCAUUACGAAAUGCGUCAUGUAGCAUUAUGAAGCAAGAAAUUCAGGUGUUUCUCUCUGGUUUAUUACAUUUUGCACACUUCUUGACCUGUGAGCAUUAAGGUUUCCUUUUUUUUUUUCUUUCAAAGAAGAAACUCAAGCGAACUCAAAUGGAAAAGUCAGCUUCAGAAAGCAUUUAUUACAGCCCCAUUUCUCUGCUUGUUCACACGUUUAUCUGUAACUCUAUCUACUGGUUCAAGUAUUAAGGUCAUAUCACAGUGCCUCUGUUUACCAUUUUAUUGUACCGAAGAAUCAAAUGUGGAUUCUUUUUUUUUUUUUUUUUUUUUUUUAAAUUUCUUUUUGCUGCUACGAAGGAUGACGUGUGAAAGCGAGGAGUCGCGUCUCGAUCGUCCGUCUCGUUCUACACAGGACCCGAUUUUGCAGAAACGUACAAUUUCACAUGCUUCUCGAACGUACAAGGACCCGUUCGGUGGAGUCGUUCACGGUUUGGCUCUGUAGCACCAUUUUACAAGAGACGAUGACUUGUGUAGUGUUUUAGGUUUAUGUCACUUGCUGUUCGUUCCACAUACGCCCAUGGAGAAGACGAGUUCUUGACAUCUUCUACACUAUGGACCAUCGCUGUCUCAACAUUUAUAGGAUUGAGAGAAAACUGGAAAUGUGAUAUAUGGGUGGACCUUGUGUACAGUGGCCUUACAUAUCUUUUAAAAAAUAUAUAAAAAAAAAAGUGCAGGCACUGGAAACUCUGGAUCCUUGACAUGUAUCGUGAUUUUUUUUUAAUUUUUUUUUUUAAUUAUUAUUAUUUUAUUUUAUUGUAAUAAAUAAGGACACACCAUUAGAGCAUUAGUGAAUGGCUCCUGUGCCUCAACAAUGUGCCUGAGACAAACGGAACAAAGACAAACGUUUCUUUCCUCGUUUGAUAAGUCGCUCAGAAACAGAGCUGAAAAAGAAAACUUGCUCUGUUUUUUUUUUUCUUUUCUUUUUGUUUUUCUUUCAUUCAUGAUGUAACGUCUGUCCCGUGUAUCUUCUGUGAAUCUUUUGUCUCGUGUACAUCCUGUCUUUCCUUCUUGAAACAGGAAUCUCUCCGUAAAUAUAUAGAUAUAUAAAUAUAUAUUCAAACGUAUGGAAAAAGAGGAACAGGUCCAAAUAUACAAAUAUUACCCUGUAAACAUACUCAUAAAAUGUCACAACGUGUACUGUACGUCUUCUGUUUCAGCACCAAGUUCCCAAAAUAUUGUUACCUGGAUGCAUGGGAUAUGAUAUAAUUUAUUUAAGGUUUGAAAUGAAUAUACGAGUAGUUCAUAAGGAAAUAUACGCAUUUGGUUGGGAUGUUGUUUUCAAAGUUGACGACAGUGGGGUUUUUUUUUUUUUUUUUUGUCAACGCUGCGUUUUUCGUUGCCUGUACCGUCUUGUGAUCUCACAGGUGAGGAGCCUCUGCUUGUGUAGCACAUUUUUAUAACUGUUUUAAUUUAUAAAGCCGAUCUCGCAACUGUGAAGAAACGUUAUCUGAUGUUUUUCUCGUCACUUCUUUUUUUUCCUUUUGUCGUCGUUUUUCUCUUUAUUUCCAUUUUUUUGUGUGUGUGUGUGUGUUUUGUCAAAAAAAAUUAAACCUGGUAUUGUAAAAGAAGGGAAACAACUAAAACAACCGAUUUUCUUUGUUCCUAAGCAAUACAUUUCAUUGUGGCUUGCUGUAGACAUUUUUUUUUCUCUUUAGGUAAUAAAUUUUCAUUUUAAUUCCA